GGGCGUAGAUAGUUAUAAAACCCGAAUCCACACCCACACACCCACACCAACAACAAUUAAAGUAUGAACUAAAUAUGUAAUAAAAGAAUUUCUACUGACUCAUUAAAUGAGUAUAAGAUAUGAUAUGUAUAUUCUAAUAAUAUUCACUUCAGCUCUCACAACUAUCCUACAUUAGUAUUAUUAUGUGAGAGUUUGAGAAAGUUCAUCCUACUUUCGCCAUUGGUGAAAUUCCAGCUAACCCAUGUAGUGCAGUAGUAUACUUGCUUUUAUUGAUGCUUAAAAAAAGUAUAUGGCAUAAAAUAUUUUGAUUGUAUUUUUGUUUAGUAAUAUUCGAUACAAUCGAUUUAUUUCUACUUCUUUGUACUGAUUCAAAAUCACUUCGUCCUUUUCUAAAACAAUUAAGUAAUGAUACAUGGUUUCAUUUAUUUUAUCAAUUAACCCAACAAUGUAAUGAUGGUCUUGGUUCAUCAGCAAAUUCAAGCAAUAUACAUCUUCCACUUACACCAACAUUUGAUUUAAAAACAAUGGAAAAACUAGGAAUUUUAUUCGAAAAACUUUCAGAAUUAUCAGAAAAUCGUCGACUAUUUUCUAAAUAUAAUUUUUUGUUUAUAUUUAAAGAAUGGAAACAAAAAUUUGUUGAUGAUAGUCCUUUUCUUGUACUUAAUAUGAAAUCAACAUUAUUAAAUUUAGAACAAUAA